GGGCGGGACUUCCGGUCUGCGGCGGAUGUAUCAGAGUUGGAGCAGGCAGACAGGGCUUGGUCAAGGGUGUCACCGGUUUUUUUAUCCGUGUGCGUCUCUGGACUGCAGGCUAGCCCGCGGGGGCUUUUUUUUUUGACGACGCUGCUGCCACCGCCGAAAGCCCCACGUAGAUGAAUCUCCUCCCCGGCUAUGCUGCCCUGAGAGCGCCGCGAGUAUCCGCCCCGCCAAAAUGUCUGAUGUCAACAAGACUGUUCAGAAAUGGCACGCCAGCUUUAAGAAAGGCACAGACUUUGACUCGUGGGGACAGAUAGUGGAGGCUAUAGAUGAGUACCAAAUUUUAGCCCGACAGCUGCAGAAAGAAGUCCAGUCAAMGAAUUCCCCCGACUUCACAGAAGAGCAGAAGAAAACCUUAGGAAAGAUUGCAACAUGUCUGGAGAUGAGAAGUGCCAGUUUGCAGUGCACGCAGUCAAAGGAGGAGUUCAAGUUAGAAGACCUGAAGAAACUGGAAGCCAUAAUAAAGAACAUCCUCACCUACAACAAAGAGUUCCCCUUUGACGUCCAGCCGGUACCGCUGAGGAAAAUCCUCGCUCCUGGCGAGGAGGAGAACCUGGAGCUGGAGGAAGAGGAGGAUGCUGCAGCAGGAGCCGGCGCGGCGGAGGCGUUCCCGCCGAGGGCUCCCGGGACCCUGUUACCUCGGCUGCCCUCAGAACCUGGGAUGACGCUGCUCACGAUAAAGAUAGAAAAGAUUGGUUUGAAGGACGCCGGCCAGUGCAUCGAUCCUUACAUCACCAUCAGCGUCAAAGAUGUGAACGGCGUGGAUGUGAACCCGGUCCAGGACACCCCUGUGGCUAGCCGAAAGGAAGACACCUACAUCCACUUCAGCGUGGAYGUAGAGAUUCAGAGACACGUAGAGAAACUACCAAAAGGAGCAGCCAUCUUCUUUGAAUUUAAGCACUACAAGCCCAAAAAGAGGUUCACCAGCACAAAAUGUUUCGCCUUCAUGGAAAUGGAUGAGAUCAAACCUGGACCCAUCGUGAUUGAACUCUACAAGAAGCCGACUGACUUAAAGAGGAAGAAGCUGCAGCUUCUCACAAAGAAACCACUUUAUCUCCACCUCCAUCAGACGCUACACAAAGACAGCUAAGAUCCCGACUCCGGUCGCCUCUUUGAAUCCCGUAAAGCCAAAAAAAAAAAAAAAAAAACGCUCAUCCUCCUCAUCCUCUUCAUGACGUCCAGCAAUACCAAAUCAAGGCUGUGGGAUUCAUCAUGAAGAAACUGAUCCAGAUGUUUGUCACAUCAGCUCAGAGUUUUAUUUCUUUKAUAUUUAAGUGCUUUUUGUUUCGGUUGAAACUCAAAAACCUUACACACUUAUUUUUUAAAUGAAGUAGCAUUAAAUCAGUUUAAAAUCACCUCAUGUUCAGUCUUCCACAUUUACAGAUUUCUGGGAUUUGAAGCUUGUGUUUGUGCCACUGGACUCUGGACUUUUGAAUAAAAACCAGCAAAACAUUAACUCCUUAAUCCCAUCGUUUUGGAAAAAAAAAAAUCAUGAUUUUUUUUUGCACUUUUGUUACAAAUGAAGGAAGUUUGUUAUUAAUGGUUGACAGUUUUGUGGGGUGAAUGUUAUCUAAUGGAAAACUGUUAAACACUAAAGGCUGGGGGUUAAAGKGUUAACAGAGGACCUGGGACUGACUAAUAAAAGAGUAAACACUGUCUCAAAAGACUUAUUUCUGCCGUACGAACGAUGUGUAAACAUUUCAAGCAGGAUUAAAAACAUAAAAUUAUUUUAAAUCUGUUGCCUCACGAAUCAACAUUUUAACUGGAAUUCAGCGUUGAGUUGUAGCUUGUUGUUUACCUGUAUUUGCACAUUUUAUUUUUAAUUUCUUUUACAUUUUUGUUCCAUCUUCAGCUUUUUUUUUCCUUUUUGUAAUUUAUAAACUGAUCAAAUAAGCUCACAAAGGGUAAAAAAAGAGCCAUCUUUAUUGUUCAAACCGUAAAACUUUAAAAAAGCAGCGACUCAGCACUUCUUACUGGUUCACUUUGGGUUUGAAUCAUAUUUUUUUAUGUAUGAUUUAAUAAGUUGGGAAGUAAAAUUAUACUGUAACAGAACUUUUAAGUAUUUAAAUACUCAGUAAAUGUCAUAAAAAAUAACCACAUGAUGAAUUUUAUGUCCUUUUUCAGUAUUAAUGCUUUUCACAUCCUGUUAUAUGAUCUGAAGCAGAAAAUCAGUGUUGACUGCUUCAGACGUUACAUCGUUCUGAUUUUAAAAUAUAUAUAUUUUAGUGAUUCUUUGCAUUCUGUUCAAGGUGUAUCUGUCCUGACAAAUGAACAGAAAUAGUCAAAAUGUUAUUUUUAAACAUCAUAAGGCGAUCGGCUUUUUCUGUAACAUCAGAAAACCUAAAACAGGAAAUGACACGUUGACUUAAUUUGUUGUGAUUGAAUCAAACAUUUUUCUAAUAAAAAAUGCUUUAAUUUAUUCCAGAACGUCGUAUUUCAGACAUCUACAUGUAGCACUGAGUUGAUUUUUCUCAUUUUCGUUAUGUAUUUUGUAUCAUUCAUCUAAAAAGCAGAAAUUAUAAAUUAAAUCGUUUUGCAUCCA